CCCCCUGUUCUCCUGCCUCCUAUCAAGAAGGAAGAACCCAGUUCCUGCAAAGAACUAGAACCCGAAUACUGACACUAUGGCAGCGGAAGACACCAGCGAUGCGAUGCUCGGCGAUGCUGUGAUCCAAGAGGCCCUCACAUCAGGCACCGACCUCAGGCAGUACUCGCACAAGCUGGAAGAGAAGCUCCGCACUGUGGAGCAACAAAGUGUUCUGGAUUAUAUAAAGAAAGCUGAUCAUAUUGCAGCACUGCACUCACACAUCACAACGUGUGAUGACAUCCUCCUGCAAAUGCAAGGAGCACUUGAAGGCUACUUGUCUCACCUUUCAUCAAUCAGUCAAGAGUUGCAGAGCCUGCAGGAACAGAGCACAUCUCUGCACCUGCAGCUACACAACACAACUGCUGCUAAGGAACACAUCACUGCAGCUCUGGACUCUCUGACGCUCCCCAGCUCUGUUAUACAUGACAUCUUCAACACACCUGUCACUGAGCCAGCGUUCAUGCAGCAACUGCUUAUACUCGACGAGAAGAGCAAGUUUCUCAAGGAACAAAGAUUUAAAGAUUCGUCUUCGGUAGCAGACGUUGAUGACUUAGUUUCCAAGUUAUGUAUCCGAGCCGUGAGCAAAAUAAGAGAGUAUCUCCUGCAGAAGAUCUAUCAGUUCCGUAAGCCGCUCUCUAACUACCACAUCCCUCAGAACGCCAUGAUUAAACAUAAGUUUUUCUUCGAGUUUUUGCUACAGCACGCCCGUACCAUUGCUGGAGAAGUUCAUGAUGAGUACGUUGAUACUAUGAGUAAAGUCUACUAUUCGUACUUCCAGGCCUACACAAAACAACUAUGGAAACUUCAAUUCGAUGAACAAGUGACCAGGGAAGACCUGCUAGCAGCGGACGACGUCCGGGGAGGUGCUGGCGGCGGAGGCGCUGCUGGGGGAACCGCAGGCUUCUUCGGAGGGCGGGCCGCCCCGCGGUCACGCCUCAACUCUGUCUUCGCCCUCGCCAACAGGGACGCCGUGUUGUCUCCUGAAGGCCUCACUGAGGACAUCAUCGUCCCUCACGUCGCUGAGAGGGAAGGCAGGAAGUUGCCGUUUGAAGUGCUGUUCCGUAGCCAGCAGUAUGCAUUGCUCGACAACUGCUGUCGGGAGUUUGCGUUCCUCUCUCAGUUCUUCCUCGUGACUGAUGCCGACGCUCUCAAGCUCUUCAAAGCUGUUCUUUCCAACGCCAUCCAGCUCGUUCAGAAAGAGGUAUACAGCGUAGUGAUGGGGAGCUUCGACAGCGUGGGACUGUGCGUGUGCCUUCAUUUGUGCCAUCAGUUCAAACUGCUGUGCCACAAACGCGCCGUGCCCGCUCUUGAUGCCCACUGGGAUGCCCUCAACGACGCGCUCUAUCAGAGGUUCGAGUAUGUGAUCCGACUGAACAUCCAGAGCGUGCAAGAUUGCGACGUGACCAAGUUUACCAACAUGGACGUCAGACCUCACUAUAUGUGUCGGCGCAUCUCUGAGGUGUGCGGCGCUAUCGCGUCCCUGGAGCGCAGGUUCCCCAUCGAGGGGACGGAGGCGCUGGUGGCGGCGCUGCACCGGGAGCUCGAGUCUGUGCUGCUCAGGCUCUCCGCCUUCCACUUCCCUAGGAAUCGCAUGCAGCAGCUCGUCUUCCUUAUCAACAACUACGAUAUGGUCCUCGCCGUCCUUACCGAAAAGGCGCGGGCAGACACCAGCGAAGGCGAGCGGCUGCGGGAGAUGCUGGCGGCCUGCACGGCCGAGUAUAUCCAGGAGAUCCUCAGUCCUGACUUCGGCUCCCUUCUGACCUACGCUCAACAGGCGCAGCGGCUCCUCGACGCCGGCGACUCCCAGGGCCUUAAACAGACCGAGGGGACUGCGUUGAACGUCGCUCGCGCCUUCAGUAACAACUGGCGCACAGCCGUCGAGCAGCUCAACAACCAGGUGAUGCAAUGUUUCAGCAAUUUCCGCACUGGCACGAGUGUGCUGCAGCGCGCUCUGGAGACGCUCAUUACGGCGCACCACUCCCUCAACAGGGCACUCAGCCACCCUGCCUUGCAGCACUGCAACGCCCAGCAGCUCAUAGUCAACAGUCAUCAUCUUAUUGUCGAAGCCAAGAAAUACAAACCCACUUUCUAAGUCACUGGGCCAUUACAUUUUAGAAUAAUAUGUAUCUUCAACUUCUUAUCUAUAGUUGAAAAUAUUAAGACAUUUGCUAUGACGAAAUCAAUUUGAGUCUCGUAUAGAAACUGCCUUAGCCUCUUUUAAAUCGGCAAUAAUUCUCAGGAAACAAAGCCCGGUGUCAGCGUCAAGUUAUCCUGUAAAUUUGUUGGAUCAUCAUUCCAAUUAGCGUUUUCUCUCAAUCGCAUCAUUUUAAUUUAUUACAAUAUUAUAUUACCCAUAAGCUCUAUGCGGUUCUUGACUUGUAAAAUAUGUAGAUAGUUAUUUGCGUUUAGUUUGCGUACAGCUUAUAUUGUAGAGGUUUAAUCGUUCAGAAUCCUUAGUUAGAAAAAUAAAGAUUUAUGGCUGUAUAACUUGUCCUUACGUAGUUCAGGCUAUACCUAAGCUAUGAGAAUGACGCAUGAUUGGACUGCACUCCGAUCAGAUUAUUCUUAGUUUUAACUUGUUAAGAGUAAGUUAUUUAACUUGUGUUUGUCUGCUUACUAUUUUCCUCUGUGAAUGUUUACACAAUAUAGACUUAGUUAAGAAUUGUAUUUUUAUACAAUGAAGGCAUUUUGCUCACGAUUUUGAAAUAUACCGCAUUAAAACCCUGUUUGCAAGGAAAAAUUAAUGGUUAAUUAAAAGUCUGGGCCAAAAAAACGCAAUAGGUUAUGAAUAUUACGCAAUAUAUUUACUCCUUACCUACAACUAAUAAGAUUUUGCGAGCUUUCGACGUUGAGGUGUGGAGUCUCGCUAGGCUUGCAGAGAUCCUGCAAACCUAGUACACUGAUGUAAUAACUGUACACUGAUGUAAUAACAUAAAUUGAACAUUCCACAUCCAAGACAUGAAUCGAUCAUCUUGUAAAAUGUUAUAGGAAUUAAUAUAUUUAA